CCUAACGUUUCUCUAUUCCAGUGCACGGGGCGCGUUCAAUCGAAGUGGUUACGCGUGUUCAGUUGAGAAAAAGUUCGCGGUUCGUGACCAAGACUGAACGUCAACGUCGAAGCGAAUAUCGAUCGAGGGGGAUCACGUGACUGAAAGCUGACCGACGGAUCGGUUUCGAUUCGAUAUUGUUCGUGGAUUCGACGAUUUUUGGGGGAGGUCCGCUAAACACGCGAAACAAAAACAUCCCUGACAGCUUGAGAACGUUCCUCGUGGGAUAAGCAAACGGGCGAGGCGUGCAUGCUGAAGCGACCGACGUUUUCUGACCCACCCAAGGUCGGCUGGAAAGUCCUUAUGGUAGCUGAGAGGCGCGGACGAUCCUUCCCCAGCGAGAUCCAAGGGCUGAAGGGCUGGCCCCGCCGUUGGAGCCACUCGGCGAACACCUACAUUUAGAAGAACCGUCAUGACCGACCCAAACGAGAAUCUCUUAUGCGAACAGGAGGACGAGUCGUCGAACUCCUACAAGCCUACACGCAACUGGAACAACAACGACGUGUUCAGCAACGGGACCGCUAACUUGAUCAAAAGAAACGAGCUGAGCGUCACCCAAGAUCAGAGUCAUUGCCAAAAACCAAGCUACAGGGCCGAUCAAACGAAUACAAAUUACCGCUAUCCAAAAAGGGCACCGAUAGUCGGCUGGCAAAAUGGCAGCCCGACAGUAUUCCCCAGCACGCCUUGUCAUACACCUGAUCCAGACUCCCUCGACCCAACCGCGGUAUUGUCCAGAUCCCAGAGCACCGCUUCGACCACAAAAAGCUCGGAUGUCCUUCAAGACUCCGGGAACACCGAGGAUCUCAGCAGCCUGGCCGAUGAGAAGCUUCUUCAAUCGACACCGGCUCGGACCAUCGACCGAAGCGUGGAGUCCCUAACGCCAGAUAAAGAUACGUUUCUAACCACAUCCCCAGAUCUAGGUGGUAGCAAAGAUUUCAGUCUGGGCGAGGAUUUAGAGGAUAAGAUCGACUUGCUCAGUCCAGGGACCGAUUGCACCGAGGACAGAAUUCUUCCUACACCUCUCGACCGCAGCUACCUGACCUCUCCAAAUCUUACUCUGGGAGCUAGUCCUACCAAUAAAAGCGCGUUGAACUCUCUCGACGUUCAACUGUUAGGGAGAAGCCAGGAUGAUAACAGUAAGAAUUAUUCAGAGUCCAGAGCAAUCAUCACCUCUAACCCUGGCUAUCGAGAAGACGAUACAAGGGACUCCAUCGAUUCAGACAGCGUGCUGGAUUCCGAGGAUGAGGAGUUGAACAAGGGAAAGCAGCGGAAGUCGAAAGUACCGGAUGGCGGUUGGGGAUGGGUGGUCGUGCUGGCUUCUUUGAUUAUCUCCAUGAUAGCCGACGGGGUGUCCUUCAGCUUCGGUUUGCUGUACAUAGAGUUCCUCCACGAAUUCGGCGCGUCCAAGUCGAAGACGGCUUGGAUCGGCUCGCUAUUUAUGGCGGUGCCGCUUCUUUCGGGUCCCAUUAUGUCCGCGCUGGUCGAUCGUUACGGCUGUAGGAGCAUGACGAUCCUUGGCGGCCUGAUAUCCGGCUUUGGGUUUGUUUUAAGCUGCUUCAGCAACACCAUCGAGGUAAUGUACUUGACUUUUGGGGUCAUCGCGGGUCUCGGUCUGGGUCUGUGCUACGUCACUGCGGUUGUGAGCAUCGCGUACUGGUUCGACAAGAAGCGAACGCUAGCUGUAGGGCUCGGCGCGUGCGGCACUGGUAUCGGUACCUUUGUCUACGCGCCGAUGACCACCUUUUUCAUCGAGGAAUACGGCUGGCGGGGCACUUGCCUGCUUCUGGCCGGCACCUUUUUCAAUAUGAUCGUCUGCGGGACCGUGAUGCGCGACCCGGAGUGGUGGAUCGUCGAGCAACAGAAGCAGAACGGGAACACGCCGAAGAAGUCUGUGACUAAAUCGGAAGGCGAUAGAUCCACCGAGAGCACUGCCGAUGAGUUUCCAGGUGUCGAGGAACUUAGGAAAAUGUUGAAGAACGGCCACGCGCCUGAGUAUUUGUUGCAGAUACUUGGCGCUACCACCGAGGACCCGCAGGCAACCAAUGGGGAUGUUAAAUUCAGGAGCGUCGUUAAUUUGCCCACUUUUGUCAAGCAUAAUGAGAAGGUUCCAGUAGAGGUAUUGGAAUUGCUUUCCAGUAAUCCGAGACUGUACAAGGUUAUUCUGGAGAACUAUCCCAAUAUUUUAGCGUGUAGAAGUUAUUCGGAUAAAAAGCUGAACGAUUCGGCUGGGGAAGUCGGCAACAAAAGCGUCGUCACAAUGUCUAUGAGGAUUACACAAGCAAACGACGAACCGAAAUGCGACGAUUUGCAUACAACGAACCAUGUUCAUGUGGGAUCUGUGUCUGGCACUGUGAAAAAUCACACUACUAGGAAGAUAUCCAAAAAAGAAUCUGAAGAGGCUAACCCUUUGUUGACCAAAGAACUUGAACAUUCAGAAGCUGAAGCACGAAAAGUGAAAUCGAUUUCUAAACAACGCUUAGGGGAUCUAAAUUGUGGCGUUGUUCGAACGGACUCUCUUCCGUGGUUAAGGAGGCAAUUCAACACAAAUACUCACUAUUUCAAAGAUAUUAGAGUUCACAGGAACUCUGUUAUGUACCGCGGUGCUGCCUUAAAUUUGCACAAGUACAGAUUAAGAGCCAGUAGCUGUCCAGAUAUUUAUAGAAACAGCAUGACUACAUUGGCAAAAGAAAACGAGGAGAAAUGGUAUGGCGAACUAUUAGAUUUAUUGAAAGGAAUGAUGGACUUUUCUAUGUUCCUGGAACUACACUUCUUAUUACUAUCUUUGUCAACGAUCUUGUUAUUCACUUGGUUUAUCGUGCCUUACUUCUACCUUGCCGAGCAUCUCACUAGGAACAGUUACACCGAAUCUGACGCUGCGAAUCUCCUUAGUAUUAUUGGCAUCACCAAUACAAUUGGAAUGAUUGGUCUCGGCUGGGCUGGGGAUCAACCUUGGAUGAACGUCAGCAAAACGUACACUUGGUGUUUGGUUGCCUGCGGUAUAGCGACGAUCUUAAUGUCAAUAUUAACACCGUACUACAACUUACUAAUGGUCACCUCGGCAGCGUUCGGCCUAUUCUUCGCGAGUAGCUUUAGCUUCACCCCGGUGAUACUCGUGGAAUUGAUACCUUUGGAGAGAUUUACAACAGCCUACGGGCUUAGUCUACUAUGUCAAGGUAUAGGAAAUCUUCUUGGUCCGCCGCUGGCUGGUUGGAUAUUCGAUGUAACGAAUUCGUGGGACAUGUCAUUCAACAUGGCCGGUGGUUGGAUUAUCGUUUCCGGACUUCUGGUAGGGCUUAUUCCUUACACGAAGAACCGGAAAAUUUUGGGUGAAGGUCCAAUCGAAAUGGAACGCGAGAAAGACUGUUUAGCAUAAAUUCAUUAUUGCCUUCGUUCUUUUCGGACCGAUGUUAACAUUUAAACAAUCGACAGAUUCGUCUAAGUAAAUUUCAAUAUAAAAAUAUAUAGUAAAAGAAAUACUAUAAAUUACAUGUGUACAUAGUUAAUAACAUAGAACGUAAUUGAAAAUAUUGAAUUUAGUUAUUAAUAAUUAUCAUCUAUAUUUUUUAAAAUUUAUUAUAAUCAGAAAUGAUUAACGUUAAUACUUGAUCUAUUAUAGAUUUUUGUUUAUUAUUAAAUUUAAUUAAUUAUUGUUAAAUUAUUGUUAAAUUUAUUUAAUCACUGUUAAUGAUAAAUGUUAAGUAAUUCUAACUGAUUAAUUAUUGAUUGUCUAGUUGUACGGAAUAUUGUACAAGUAACGGAAAAAUCGAUACGAAUUCAAGAAAGUAUGGACUUACCCAAUCGAUCGAUUAAAUGUUAACAUUAUACAAGUAGGCAAUCAACUAGUGAAUUGAUCUCUUAUUACAUAACAGUCUUUUUAACUUCUUAGACAAUGAUACAAGGUAUGAAAUAAAAUCGAAAGUAGGAUGAAUGUGAGAAAGAUAUUCGUAAUUCGUCCAAUUUUGGUUUUUAUUUGUUAAAUGUUGCUUAAUUCUUAUGAUUACAUUUUGUAUACAGUGGUGGAAACAGUACUUACUAGCGGUGCUGAUAUUUAUGAAACGUUUUACAGUGAAUGUAAAUACAUUAGUCUCGUAGGAGUACUUAAAAUGUGAUAAACCAUAGUUGAUUGAGUUUUUGGUAUCUACCGGAGAAUAGUGAUUGUAUUGGAAUUGUGUUAUGAGGAUUAGAACGGUGACCACGGAAUUGACUAAACUGAACAGAAGAACAAUAAAACAAAUAUGAAAGGAAACGAAUACUUGAAUCUAUUUCGAAGCAGACAUUUCAUAUAAAACAAUAUUUUAUAAUUUAAAAAUUUAUUAUAUAAAUAAUAUGGUAUGUCAUAUGUCUUUGAACAAAGAUACAGUAUGUAAAACUACAUUUGAUAUCUUAAUUAAUUGAGAAUAAUUAGGAAAUGUAACUCAAUGAAUUAAAAUUUAAUAAUUUGAUAAUUUGAGUUAUUAUACUUCAAAAUUUAAUUGCACUAUACUUCAUUUAGUUGAAAAUUCCGCCGAUCUCCGCUUCCCAAUAAAUUACGAGCAGCUGUUUAUCCAACUACUUACAAACACUAAAUCGUCAUACUGUGCAUUAUACUUUGUACUCAUUAUCAGCCAUCAGAGCGUCUGAAAUCAGUGGCUGAUAAUUCUCGGUUAUUUCUACACUAGGAAGCGACGAAUGCGUCUGAACUCGCGUACACUGCCGCUCCAAAGAUGGAGGUCACUUACUCGAUGAUUAAUGAAUUCCCAUUUUUUUAGUGGAAAAAAACAAACAAAAGUUAGAAAUUUUUUGCAUUUCCAGUCGAUACCUAGAAGGUAGUCAAUUAAAAGGUAAAUAUUAACAUCUUCGUUAAAUUAAAGUAGAAGAAAAUAUUUUGGGAAAAGGUAUUUACCACACAAAACAAUGGAACAAAGAGUCAUUGAAGAUUCACUCAAGAUACGUUUUUCUUGUAAUGCGAUUAUAACUCGAAUUGAAGUAAACGUCCAUUUUUCAAAUAAUUAGGUCAAAUUACAAAUUUCUACCGGUAGAAAUUAUAGUUUUCGAAGAAAACUAUGUGACUACAAAGGUAUAUUAAUAAGUAAGUGUAAAGCAGUUUAGCGAUAGUAAUUAUCUUAAAAAAGAAUAAAUUUGAGGACAAAAAAUAAGUGAUUUCUAACUUUCGAACGAUGUUGUGUGAAUUCAUCGAUUCAAUUAAAAACGAAUUCGAUGGACAAUAAUUAGAUCCUUCAAUUGACAAUUGAACAAAGUACCUUUUUUGAUUUAUUAAGAAUAAACUUCCGUUUAGUUAAUAUAUGGUCAUGAUGUUUGAUAUUUUCCUAUUUACAAAUUUUCUGUAGAAAUCGUGAUUUCUGUGAAUGUUGGACUUAUGACACUUUUCAAGUAAAGAGCUCGAUUGAAGUAAUAUGCAAUUCUACACUUUUGCCUUGCAAUGUCCAGUGACUAGUCAAAGAAUUGAAACUUGGCUAUAAAGACGGUAUAAUGAUGCCUGCAUUGUUAUAACGGAACGUCCCAACUGUGAUUGUAUCCAUUUUUAAAUAAAAAAAAGUUAGGAAAAUUUUGAACUUGGAAGUCUGUGUGACAAGUAUUCAGGGCGGCAUAAACGCGUAAUUACAAUAAUUAAAAACAAGUAAUCCGUUCUUCGUUAGAAUUUAAUAUCACAGAAUAUAUACAGCGAUUGAAAAAUGCAAAAAAAGAACCGACUUAGCUAAUGUUUACAUACUUCUUUAAAGAUUUUUCGAAAUAUUUAAAUGUAGACGAAUUUAAUGGUACAAACGAUGCUAUGAAUUUUCUGCAACGUAUUUUUCUAGCUAUUGUGGCUUCGUUUAAAGGUAUAGGUUGAUCGAUAAAUAGUAGUCAUUUUCUUAAUAUUUUCAUAACAUUUAACGUUUAAUAAAAACAUAUUUUCUAAGAAUGUACAGACCAUUUUACAAAAUGGCACACAAGUUUAGCCUAGAUUUAUCCUGCUCGUAUCAGUGAAAAACUAAUUUUCAUCUGAGAAAAGUGUUUUUUAUUUAAGGUAAAAAAUGAUACCACUGUUAUGUUAUAAUUUUUUUUCUUUUAUUCAUUUACUUGAGUAAAGAUCGCGAGCUCCACGAAAUUUCUUUAUAUCUGUUAAUUUUCCAAAAAUUGCCAAUGACCGUAAAAAAUCGUAUUUACUGAAAUUAAACCCCAAUUUCUGAAUUCCACUUCCGUGGUUAAGUUGUAAAAUGGUUGCUGACAAAAACUCAACUAUCUUGAAUGUAAGUGAGUGAGCGUCACUAAAAGAAUAUACUCUCGCAUACACUAUUUUAUUAAAAAUAUAUGUAUAUGUAUAAAUGAUCGUAUUAUACGAACAAUAUUUAUGUACAUGUGAAAUUAGUUUCAUUAUUAUAACGAAGGGUAUAUAAACAUGCUUCCAAAUAUAAACUAGUCAACGAUGGCAAUCAAAUUGUCACAUUACGUUAAUAGCGUUAAAUCUUUCAUAGGAACGUUGAAUCGAUAUUCGAAUUACAUUCGACGAAAGAGGGUGUUUCCAUUUUUCGCGACAAAAUUUAAUAUUCUUUCCUAUUGUCCAAUAAUGUUACUACGGAAUUAAAAGCUUUGAAUGUCGAUGGGCAAAUAUAUUCGAAAAAAUCGAAUAAAAACAAUGAACAUGAAAUGAUAAUCAAUUAUAGUUAUACAGUUGCGAUAUAAUCCUUGACCUGCAGUGUCGAAAAUGUUAACAAGCUUAACGAACAAUAGAACACUCUGUCAAUUGCCCAAACUUUGUAUUACGUUGCGCAUUGUUGCGAGAAAAAGAAAUUGUUAAAAUGUCUGUAUAUAUACAUGCGAACGUGUAUAUUUAUAUAAAUAUAUACAUACAAUAUACGACU